UGAUGGAUCUGGCAAUAGGGGAAACUUUGUUGAGCUGCUCACUGUUGCUGGGAAGUUUGAUAAGACUGCAGCUAAAAAAAUAGAGGACAAUCCUGGAAAUGCAAAAAACACCCAUCACGAUAUCCAAAAUGAAAUUAUGGGUAUUAUGGCAGAUAUGGUCAGACAUCAAAUAAGUGCAGAAAUUAAGGAGGCUGGAUAUUUUGCCGUUAUGGUGGAGGAAAGUAAGGACUUGAGUAAAAAGGAGCAGAUAUCAGUGGUGGUGCGGGAUUUGAAUAACGAAACAGUGCUUGAAGAAUUCUUGCACUUCACUCCAGCAGAAGGGUUGGACGCAGAGUCGCUUGUUAAAAGCAUUGAACAGACACUCGCCCGGCCGUGUCUGGGUCAGUGUAGGUCCUCAUGCGAACGGAGUUUCUCUCGCCUCAGACGCGUCAAAAACUACUUCAGGAAUAGCAGUGCCGAUGCUCGGAACAGCAACUUGGCUCUGUUGGCCACGAACAGCCGGAGGACCAGGCACUUGACAUCCAGAAAAUCAUUGAUCACAACAACAGGCGGAUUGUGCUUCCCUGAAAACAUUAAUGAUGAAUAUGGAUUAAUCUUUCCAACUGCAAGCAAUCCAGUGUUCGCCGUGCAGCCGCACUCCUUGGGUUGAAAGAGGUCGGCGAAGAAGAGCAAUGGACAUUGUACUGGUCGGACAAUUUCGUGUCACGGGAUAAAGCCAUGACACUAAAGCGGUACCAGAAAAUGAAUUACUUUCUUGGGAUGAACGAAAUCUGUAUGAAGGAUUUGCUGGUCAUGAACUUAAAUCGCAUGCUAAGGCAAUACCCAGAAGAUUACAACAUCUUCCCAAAAAGCUGGCGUUUACCAUCUGAAUAUUUUGAUUUUGCGGCCUACUAUAAAGCCGGGAAACCCAAGACCUUCAUCUGCAAGCCAGAUCCUGACUAUGACUGGCGCGGCAUCUUUUUGACCCAGGACAUCAGAGAUAUGCAGUGCGGGGAGGAUGUGAUCUGCCAGGUCUACAUUCCGAAGCCCUUCACUUUGGAUGGUGUCAAGUUUACUCUCAGGCUCUACGUCUUGGUUACUUCCUGUGACCCUCUGCGGAUAUACCUCUACAAUGAGGGCCUGGUCUGCUUUGCCACUAAAAAGUACUCUGAACCGACCAAAAAGAAUUUAGAUGACGUCUGCAUGCACCUCACCAAUUACGCCAUCAACAAGCGUAUGAAGAACUUUGUCCCGGAUGAAAAGAAAGGCAGUAAAAGAAAGCUGUCUUUUUUUAACCAGUACAUGGGGAGCAAUGACUAUGACCUGGAGGUGCUGUGGAGCAGUAUUGAAGACGUGAUCAUCAAAACCAUUCUGUCUGUGUAUCCGGCCCUGAGGAACACCUACUUCACCUGCUUCCGAAAUCACGUGUCUGGGAGUGCUUGCUUUCAACUCCUCGGCUUUGACAUCCUGCUGGACCACACCUUGAAACCCUGGCUGAUGAAGGUUAAGCAUUCACUGAGCUCUGUGAUGGACUCCAAGCUUGAUCAAGAGGUGAAGGAGGAUCUUCUUUAUGAUACACUCUGCAUGAUUAACCUUGCAGCUUGUGGCCGGCAGAAAGACAUGGAGGAAGAGAGGCCGCGAAAGAAGGAACAACUGCCUAAGAUCUGGUGGUCGCGGGAGUACAGAGCUGACGAGACACGAAACAACCAGGCUACCUGGGUGGAACAGGUGGAAAAGUACGAAGACGAAAAUAUGGGGAACUUCAAAAGGAUCUACCCGAGCUCCACUUCAGAGAAAUACGAGAAGUUCUUGGAAACAGUUGACUCCAAGGCUCGGGAAGAAUAUGUCAGGCAGAUACGCAGGGAAAUUCAGCAGAGGCAGGAGCAGAAGGAAAUGCUCCUCAAAGAACUGGGGUUCCCUGAAGAGAACCUGCAAGAAGAGUCCCAGUUGCAGAAGAAUCCAACCCUGUUGAUCUUGGUGAAGCCAAAGUCACCAGAAGGACUGCAGACGUCAUCAUCCUCCACUCCUACCAGCCAAGUGCUAGGAAUUGUCUCCAGCCCAAGCCAGCGAGCAGGCAGCUGGGAGGAGAAGAAUGUGGGCCACAGCUGUGAAUUGUCUCCAGGCAGAGCAGAUGUUGAGCCAGAGCUGGUUUCUGAACAGAAGGCCGAUGGCACAGAACACUGCUCGCUGCUCCAGAACCAAUCCCAAGCAGAGCAGAAAGAACCAGGCCAGAAGCAGGAGCAGACAGAGGUUCCAUCGGAGAUCCCUGCUGAAGCACAAGAGGGAAAUGCUGUGAGUGAGGCAGUGAACCAACCGGAGGCCAAUGGUCAGAAGUUCCAACAGCAGGCCCAAGUCCUGGAUAAACAAGAGGCCGAAGACGGGGAUCAGCAGCAGCUUCAAGAUCUGGUCCCACUGGAGCCCCAAGCUCUGAAAGAGGCCAAAGACCUGGCGCAGCAGGAGGCGGGAGAUGAAACUGGGCAGGAGUCACCAUACCCACCUCUGCUGAAUACCCAGUCGGAGGUCUUCGAGGAGCUUGACCAGAAGAGCACAGUUGUUGGGGAGGAAACCGAACCAGCGGACGCGUGCAGCAUGCUGCCGGCCGAAAGCACAGAGCAGAAUGGGAGCUCGAGGCAAUUCCUCCCUGAGGUCCAGAGUCAGCUCAGGAGCCAAGGUGGCCCCGAGGCCCAGGCGCUCCCCCAGGGGGGGCAAAAGGCCGCAAGAGAGACACUGAGCGAAACGGGCAACCCGCAUGCCGCCUCGAAGGCCAUCAAGAAGUUGUCUAAGGUCCUGAAACGCAACCGCAGCCAAGUGGGCCUGGCAAGCAAUGUGAAUUGUUCCGGACAGACUGAUGCUGCAGAGCACGUUAAUGUCACUGAGGAGAUUUCAAAUGCACCUCGGGAUCAGCGUGGUUCCUGUUGCAACUGCUGGGGUUACAACAGGAUCUGCUGCAUGAGCUGGUUACGGGACAGUGCCGUGGAACGCGACUGCAGGAACCCGCCCGAGCACCAGCAGAAUCAAGUUGCCGAGAGGUUUCCCAACGCGUCUGCCUAUCCCGAGAGGGUGACCGAGGACAGGAGCAAACGCAGGAUUAGACAAAGGGACCUCAACAGUCAUGGCAGGAACACUGCUCAGCACUGCGGGCCCUGCUGUCUGCUCUGACUGAGCCGUAGAAGUAAGGCUACAUCUGUGGUGGUCGCCAAUACAAAGGUAAAUUUUUCUCACUAACAACCCUAUGGCUUCUAAGCAAACAACGUUACUUUACUUGCUUGAUAAUUAUAUUUUAUGAUAAUUAGUGAGUACAACCAUGCAAUACUUUGUCAUAUUAUUAAAUUAAGUAUGAUAUGUUUUAUUGUACCAGUUAUACACUGAAGUGUAGUGAUAGGCUAUAGUCUUGUUAAUGUCGUAACUAUCACUAUAUUUCUGUGGAGCUGGGGAAUUCAUGUAUUUCUUUCAUCUUGGUUCAGUGCCUGACAUUAUAAGAAGCCCUGUUCACAUAUAUAUGUCACACCCAAUUUGUGUACCUGCUCAAGGCGAGUGAAGAGGACGGACGAGUGCGGGAGCGGUCGGCGGUUCCGGGACGGCGGAUACCGGAAUUCGACGGUUCGAAGGUUGUUGGAGGUUCGGAGGUCGUUACGUGGACGGAUCGGGGAGGUGUGAGCUCCAACGACUUAAUUUGGUGCACAAAACUGACAAAUUUACUGAGUGGCACCUUUUUUUUUGUGUCCACUACCACACCACCAAAAAGAGUUAUGAAGUGUAACUUAACUGUACAUUGUGUAUUGUCUGAUAUUUUACAGUGUGGGCUUGUAUCGGGGUGCAUUACGUAGCGUCUACGCAAAUGUGAGUACACAGUUUGGUAGGGCCUACGGCAGUUCCCCUAGACGGACGUGAGUUGAUCGAGCUGAGCGUUACAUAUCUAUCUAGCUAGGGUGCCUGAGACUUUUGCACACAGCGCUGUAUUUGUCAACAUGGAGCGGAGAGCGAGCUUGUAAAUCUGGCAGGAGCAAAGAAUGUUGGGAAUGGCGAGGGUGGAGCACCGCGGGAGGGGUGUGGGACAGGUGGCAGAGGAGGAGUGCCAAUGCACUUGUAUAGCGUGGUUGCAGACACACCCAGCCCUGAGACACCAGGCAAGGCCAUUUGAUUCCAAACAACUGGUUUAUUGAUCAUUACAGAUGUCUCUCUGGUGCUUCCCACUCACUGCCUCUCCCUUCCCCUAUUCCCAACCAUGAUCCCCCCUCUCACAGUCCACAAUAGAGACCCACAUCAGAAUCAGGUUGAUCAUCACUCAAAUACAUAAUGAAAUUUGUAUUUUUUUUGCAGCAGUACAGUGUAAUCCAUAAAAUCACUACAGCACUGUGCAAAAGUCUUUGGCACGCUAUUUAUAUAUAUGGUUGUGUGUGUGUGUCUGUCCCUAAGAAUUUGGCACAGUACUGUACAUACUUUGAUAGAAAAUUUUUCAAAGUUCCAAGUUGAAAGUAAACUUUCACUUUUCAUCUUGCAGGCGGUAACAGUCCACGUUGGCAAUGAUCUACAGAAAAACCGCUUCAGCCGUUACUAGGUGAUUCAACGCCUCUACAGUGCACUGAUGCCCCUGUCCACUUACGCUCCAGCCUCUUCCGUCUUGGACAUGAUACGACGCCGCUUAAAUUUAAGAAGAAAUCAUUUUAUAACUUGCUAAUCUACUGAGUGGAAAUUUUAGUCCUUAACUUCCUACUUUUUGUAAAUGUAUCUCUUUCCAAAACGAAUUAAAUAUAUUUAAAGCUU